AACCCACAACUUCUGCUUUCGACACCAUUUUCAUCCUCAACGAUCAGGGGCCAGGACUGCCUGCAAACAGCCCGACCUGUGUGGGCAUUUUAAGAUGAACAUCCCAAUUGUCUUACUUAUUUUAUUGGGUGUACAUCUUUCCAAAGAGCAACAGUCGACUGAGAGGUUUGGAGAAAUAUUGCUCAGAUUGGACUUCCCUAUGUACUUCGACAGCUUCGACAAGUCUUGCUGUAGGAUGUUUCAGGCUGGAUGUUUCAUAGCGAUGGACAACAGAGGUUAUGUGUAACCUACUCCGGGGACGGGCCACCCUAACAGAGAGAAGCGGCUCGGUGGAGUUCAGAAUAACCAACGCGCAGCUCAUAGACGGAGGCCAUUACAGGUGUUAUGUUGAGGGAAGCCACAACGUCUUCAAAGACUUUGUCGUCGAGGUCUCUGAACCUUCCGAGCUUCGUCCACACUCGCUAGUGUCGACCCUCCAACCCUCGUCGACGAUAACGACCCCUCCGACCCCUGCUACUGGGUCCAGUCCGCCCCAGUACCGUAAGAGAAGUCCUAUUGCUCCCUGGACGCUAUACGUGCUGUUGGCUACGAGUUUGUCAAUCACCACCAUCGCUCUCAUUGGAUGUGUGACUGCCGUCGUUUGCUGCCUACGCAAGAAGUCGAAAAACCAAGUUGUUGAAAACCAGCCUGACUCAUCCAAACACAUGACCCCUGAAGCGAGCUCCAUAGUCUACACAACAGUGGACUUCAAACACCAACAGCUAACACCCAUACAGCUCUAUGCAAACCUGGAGAUGAGAGCCCUUACCACCAAACAGAGCAAAGAUCUCCGCAGAUCUCCCGAGACAGUGGAGUACUGCACAUUGGCUCCUAGACGAUAAAUGUAGCGGCAAAGCAACAUUCCUUUAGUAAGGUUCAAAGAUUAAUUGUAAUGGGCUCUUUCGCUCAUCCGUUUUUGGUGAUCUGUUCUAAAGAACCGCAUUGAUAUGUGAUUCAUGUGAAUUGGUUUGGUAUUAAUGUACAGAAAACCAUAUGAUAGGAAGUGUUCAAGAUAAAAGGAUUGAUAUCUGUUUCUUCGUCUUCAUCUCAAGUAGAAACCUGUUGACCUUUGAGGGCGCUUUUUCUACAACAGCUGUGAGGUUAGCGUGUGAUAACUCUGUGUGUGCUUUUAUCAGCUCCUUUUAUAAAACAACCUCAUAGGGAAUCAGUGUUCCUCUUUUCUUAGCCAUUCCCUAUCUUUUUCUUGAAAGGAUUCUCUUUGUUCCAUCCAUGAAUGGAUGUGGGGUAUCUCUUCCAAAGAGUUGGAAGAUGAAGAGUCGUGGGGGUACAGUCUCAUGCCUGUGAUAUUUUGGUGCAAAGAGGACGACGCAAACACCGUUUUGAUAAAUAAUUAAAGCCACACCUCAACACACAUCACCAGUAAAGACAAAAGCUAUUUUCUUCAUUUGCAAUGCUCUGGGAUUUUAUUUGAAUUGAGCUAUACAUCAUAUGACUUCUACAUCACUAAUGAUGUAGAAGUGGAUAUGUUCAGCAAUAGCUUACUUAAAGGGGCUAGACUGAUUAGACAGAUGGAGCCAGACCGACGUAUUUGCUCUGGCUGUCGAAGACGACGUAGAACUCCCUGAUGAAGACAUCUCCAAGGAUCCACAGCUGUUGGUUGCCUCCACCAAAGCCGGUGCGGCAACCAUAAGAAGACUGAAGAAACAAGAGGAAAUGUCAAUUCAACAAAUGUUCACAAGGAAUGAUCAGACCUCUUCUUGAUAGUUCACACUGUGUUUGUGUGUGCUUGCGUUUUGCAUGCAAUCAAAUAUUGUGGGCAUGUGCACGCAAGGGCGUAAGCAAGGGCAUAAGCACUCAUGCUUUCAUCUCUAUUUUUCUAUUUGGCCCCCCUAAUGCUAUCUGCUCCAUGCAGUCUCAUCUUGGUGGCCUGUCCACAAAUGUUAAAUCAACUGCCUGUAAUCUGUGGGUGAUUUUUUACCCUAAUCUCCCUUUUAAUGGCCAAACAACGAGUGUUGUUCAUUCGUGUUUUUUCCAAUUGGGGAACAUCGCUAAAAUCGGGUCCUUCGUAUCUUGUACAGACUUUGAAAAGGUUAUCCAUGCUUUUAUUUACUCACGUUUAAAUUAUUGUAACUCCCUAUACUCACUGGGCAGAGUCAGAAAGCCCCAUCCCACCUCCAGCUGGUACAAAAUGUUGCUGCUAGGCUUUUAACUAAUUCUAGGAGACGAGACCAUAUUACUGCCUUCCUUGCCAAUCUCCACUGCUUGCCAGUAGUUUUGAGAGCUGAUUUUAUGAUUUUACGGAUAACUUUUAAGGCUCUGCAUGGUCUGGCUCCAAGUUAUAUUUCAGACCUGUUUGUCCCCUAUGAGCCUAAGUAUAGCCUGAGAUCCUUGGGUAGGGGUAGGUUGUUCCCAAAUCACGCCUUGUAACCAAAGGUGACCGGGCUUUUGCUGUACGGGCCCCUCAGUUGUGGGGCUCCCUGCCUGAGAAUCUCAGACAAGCUGAAUCAGUAUCAUCUUUUAAGUCUCUUUUCAAAAACUCAUCUUUAUGCAAAACCUUUCUUAUAGUAGUUUUAUUAUUGAACACAUUGCUCUCUUCCUUUUGCUCUAC